GUUCAGUGUUCAUUGUUUGUUAUUUAAUUACUUCUAUAUCAUGUUUUACAUGUGCAGUGUACAAGUUAAUAUUCUGGAUACUUGAAUGUAAAUAAUAAUACCAUUAUAUAUGGUAUACAAAUAUAAAAAUUGAUAAAAGUACUUCCGAAUGGAUUUUGAUAAUAUUUUGGAAGAAGUAGGGGAAUUUGGUAGAUAUCAGAUUAUUACUUAUACACUGGUUUGUUUACCGGUGCUUUUUGCAGCAGCGAACAGUUUAACUUACGUAUUCACCGCAGGCAUUCCCAACUAUAGAUGUUUUGUAAAUGGCUGUGAUAAUAAGUUCAAUUCCACGUAUAAUGCCGAUUGGUUACAUUUUGCCAUACCAGACAGAGGAUCAGAUAGUACAUCCUAUCAGCCUACACUCUGCACUAGAUAUGUAAAAACUUUUGCAUCCAGCAACUCCUGUGCUGCAGAUGCUUUUACAAACGAAAUCGAAAACUGUAACGAAUGGGUUUUCGAUAAAGAAAGGACAAUCGUUAACGAUUGGAGCAUAACAUGUACCGAAAAUCAAUGGAAAUUAUCCUUUAUUGGAUCUUGUCACUUUGCGGGCAUUAUUGUAGGAUCGGCACUCUCUGGCAUUUUAGCAGAUUAUUUUGGAAGGAAAAAUGUUUUUGUUUACUGUACCGUUUUUAUGGGGAUAACAGGUGUCAUGCAAAUUUUUUCUCCAGAAUACAUCACGUUUGCAAGUCUUACGUUCCUAAACGCAAUAGGAACCGCAGGAGUUUUCCCGUUAGCUUUUACAUUAGGUGUUGAAAUGGUUGGCAAAAAGAAAAGAGAAUACACAGGAAUUAUCCUUAACUAUUUCUACGCCAUUGGGGAAGCAUUUGUGGGUUUAAUAGCUUGGUUAACCCUUGACUGGACGUAUUUGCAACUUUCUGCAUCCGCGCCAGCAAUAUUAUUCAUUGUUUAUUACUGGGUGAUUCCCGAAUCAGUCCGAUGGCUAAUUGCAAAAGAAAAAAAUGAUGAAGCUAAGAAAAUUGUAUACAAAGUCGCCAAAACAAACAGAACUUCUUUAUCACCUGUUCUGUUAGCAACGUUUAAAAAUAAUUCUACAAGUAACAAUGAUAAUUACUCAAGUAACGAAGUUGACAUUCUUCCUGUUGUGAAGCAAAUGUUUAAGUCGCGGAAACUGGUUCUCCGCUUUAUUAUUGUAUUUUUUAUUUGGGGAAUAAACGCUUUUGUUUAUUACGGACUUUCAUUAAAUUCGACGAGUUUAGGAGGCAAUAAAUAUCUGAACUUUUCUCUGGUGUGUUUAGUAGAAAUACCAGGAUAUACUAUAGCAUGGAUUUCAAUGAAGAAAAUUGGCAGACGAUCAGCAUUAGUCGCUUCUCUGCUAUUGUGUGGGGUUACCUGCAUUAUCACAACCGUUAUUCCAAAUGCUUAUUGGGCAGUUUUAAUACUGUUUUUAAUCGGAAAGUUUGGUGUAACAGCAGCCUUUGGAGUGGUUUAUGUUCAUACAGCAGAAUUACUACCUACUGUUAUAAGAAGCGGAGGUGUCGGAGCAUCCUCUACAAUGGCUAGAGUGGGAUCUUUACUAGCGCCGUAUGUUCCUCUACUCGGUGUAUAUGUUGAUUUUUUGCCAAUGUUACUUUUUGGUUGUUUAGCAGUAUUUGCUGGUCUAUUGGCUCUAAAAUUGCCCGAAACGUUAGGAAACAAACUGCCAGAAACAGUUGAAGAAGCCAAAAGUUUAUAAAAGUACAUUUUUGCAAUAAAAGUUAGAACAUUA